AUGAUAAGUUUGACUGAGUUGGAAGCAUUAUGUACUCACCUCUAUAUAGGAACUGACCUUUCGCAAAGAAUCGAGGCUGAGAAAGCACUCCUGGACCUGAUUGACAGCCCAGAAUGUCUCAGCAAGUGUCAACUUUUAUUAGAACAAGGAACAACAUCAUAUGCCCAGCUUCUCGCAGCAACAUGUCUCUCAAAACUUGUUAGUCGAGUCAGUCCUUUACCCAUUGAACAGAGGAUCGAUAUCAGAAACUACAUUCUGAAUUAUGUGGCAUCACAACCCAAGCUGGCUCCCUUUGUCAUCCAAGCUCUUGUCCAAGUCAUUGCUAAAAUAACUAAGUUGGGGUGGCUUGAGGUUCAGAAAGACCAGUUUGUCUUCAGAGAAAUUAUUGCUGAUGUGAAAAAGUUUCUACAGGGUACUGUGGAGCACUGCAUAAUCGGAGUGAUGAUCCUUUCAGAAUUAACGCAGGAAAUGAACCUGAUUGAUUAUUCUAGGUCUUCAGCAAAACACAGGAAAAUAGCUACCUCAUUUCGUGACACGUCUCUUAAGGACAUUCUAGUGCUAGCAUGCUCUCUUCUAAAAGAGGUGUUGGCCAAACCUUUAAAUCUGCAGGAUCAGAGUCAACAAAAUUUAGUAAUGCAGCUCUUGAAACUGGUCCUCAACUGCCUUAACUUUGAUUUCAUUGGUAGUUCAGCAGAUGAAUCUGCAGAUGAUCUUUGCACAGUGCAGAUUCCAACAACAUGGAGAACAAUUUUCCUGGAACCUGAAACAUUGGAUCUUUUCUUCAAUUUGUAUCAUUCAUUUCCACCACUACUGUCUCAGUUAGCGCUUUCAUGUUUAGUUCAGUUUGCUUCUACAAGAAGGUCCUUAUUUAGCAGUCCUGAACGAGCCAAGUAUCUUGGUAAUUUAAUUAAGGGAGUAAAAAGGAUACUUGAAAACCCUCAGGGUUUGUCUGAUUCAGGUAAUUAUCAUGAAUUUUGUCGAUUUUUGGCUCGUUUGAAGACAAAUUAUCAGCUGGGAGAAUUAGUUAUGGUGAAGGAGUAUCCUGAAGUUAUCAGAUUGAUAGCUGAUUUUACAAUUGCUAGUCUCCAGCACUGGGAAUUUGCCCCCAACAGUGUUCAUUAUUUAUUAACUCUGUGGCAAAGAAUGGUAGCAUCAGUUCCUUUUGUGAAAUCGACUGAACCCCAUCUAUUAGAUACUUACGCACCAGAAAUCACAAAGGCCUUUAUCACUUCUCGGUUGGAAUCUGUUGCCAUAGUUGUAAGACGAUUGAGUCAUGGGAAAAAGCUGAACCCAAAUUCAUAUAAUGGGGCACAGAUAACCAAAAUAAAAAUGCCACUUCAAGAAGAUAAAAGCAUAAGGGCUCAAGAAGAAGAGAGGGAGAGUGGAAGACGUCUUGCAUGGCUGGUAUACUUAGUUGGGACAGUUGUAGGAGGAAGAUUAACAUAUACUAGUACAGAUGAGCAUGAUGCGAUGGAUGGAGAAUUGUCUUGUCGAGUUUUUCAACUUAUAUCCUUAAUGGAUACCGGAUUGCCUCAGUGUUCUAAUGAGAAAAUAGAGCUUGCAGUACUGUGGUUCUUGGAUCAGUUUCGUAAAACGUAUGUUGGUGAUCAACUUCAGAGAACCUCAAAGGUAUAUGCCCGUAUGUCAGAAGUCCUAGGAAUAACAGAUGACAACCACGUUCUAGAAACAUUCAUGACGAAAAUUGUUACAAACCUUAAAUACUGGGGAAGAUGUGAGCCUGUAAUUUCAAGGACUCUUCAGUUCCUAAAUGACCUUUCUGUUGGCUAUAUCCUUUUAAAAAAACUUGUGAAGAUAGAUGCCGUGAAAUUCAUGCUAAAGAACCACACAAGUGAACACUUCCCCUUUCUUGGCAUCAGUGAAUGUUACAGUCUCAGUGACUUCAGGUGCCGAACAACCUUCUACACAGCCCUCACCCGCCUUCUGAUGGUAGAUCUAGGCGAAGAUGAGGAUGAAUUUGAGAAUUUCAUGCUGCCGCUUACAGUCUCUUUUGAAACAGUAUUACAGAUAUUCAACAACAACUUUAAACAAGAAGAUGUAAAGCGUAUGUUGAUCGGGCUGGCAAGAGAUCUUCGAGGGAUUGCCUUUGCACUGAACACAAAGACCAGCUACACCAUGCUGUUUGACUGGAUGUACCCAACCUAUCUUCCUAUUCUUCAGAGGGCUAUUGAGCAGUGGUAUGGAGAGCCAGCGUGUACAACUCCCAUCUUAAAACUUAUGGCAGAACUGAUGCAAAACAGAUCUCAGCGCUUGAAUUUUGAUGUAUCAUCUCCUAAUGGAAUUCUUCUCUUCAGAGAAGCUAGUAAAAUGAUUUGCACUUAUGGUAAUCAGAUCCUGUCCCUGGGGAGCCUCUCAAAAGAUCAGAUUUAUCCAAUGAAACUCAAGGGCAUCUCCAUCUGCUAUUCGGCUCUCAAAUCUGCCUUGUGUGGCAAUUAUGUCAGCUUUGGCGUCUUCAAGUUGUAUGGGGACAACCAUUUUGACAGUGUACUCCAGGCCUUUGUCAAAAUGCUGCUGUCAGUGUCCCACUGUGACUUGCUACAAUAUCGGAAACUGAGCCAGUCUUAUUACCCACUUCUGGAAUGUCUCACCCAGGACCACAUGCACUUCAUCACCAACUUGGAGCCUCCUGUACUCCUGUACGUUCUCACGUCCAUCUCAGAGGGACUCACCUCUCUUGAUACAGUUGUCUCCUCCAGCUGCUGUACCAGUUUAGACUACAUCGUCACCUACCUCUUCAAGCACAUAGCAAAAGAGGGCAAGAAGCCACUUCGAUGCAGAGAGACUUCCCAGGCUGGUCAGAGACUAUUACACUUUAUGCAGCAAAACCCAGAUGUCCUGCAGCAGAUGAUCUCUGUCCUCAUGAGCACCAUCAUCUUUGAAGACUGCCGGAACCAGUGGUCAGUAUCCAGGCCUCUCCUGGGGCUCCUCCUGCUCAAUGAGAAGUAUUUCAGUGAACUGCGGGUGAGUCUGAUAAACAGCCAGCCUCUCUCUAAGCGGGAAGUUCUCACUCAGUGCUUCAGGAACCUGAUGGAAGGAGUGGAGCAGAACCUCUCCAUCAAGAACAGAGACAGAUUCACCCAGAACCUGUCCGUGUUCAGAAGAGAUGUGGCAGAAGCCCUGCGCUGUGAUAGCAGCAGCGAACCACCAGGCAGCCUGGACAUGAUGAGCUGA